AUGAAGCAUGCAGAAGGAAGAUUUCGUGCACCAAAGGAAGAAUUGAAAGCCAAUAAAGGAGUUAUAGCGGCAAUAAAACCCCUAAGUGGUGAAGAGGUGGAAUCUGAUGAAGAAGAUAUGGGUCCUCCUCAGGCCUGCCGACUGGGGGGAGGAGGGGAGGGCUUUUACGAGGAAGGCAAGGCACUUACACGGUAUGCAGCAGUAAGAAUAGCCGAUGAAAAGGUUUUUAAGGAACAGUGCGUAGCUCAUUCAGCACAAGCUGCUGAAAUUGUAGUGGUAGCAUUGGAAAAUAUGCCAGCGGAUGAAACGGUGGCUAUUUUCACAGAUUCUGAAUGGGUUUUGAGAGCAAUAGUGACUUGGAUGCCUCAGUGGCAAAAGAGGGGCAUGAAAUCAGCAGAUGGUAAAUACAUUGCUCAUGCUGAAAAGUUGAUAUACUUGUGGGAUUUAUCACAACAAAGGACACAGCCACUAUUUAUGGGAAAAGUAAAAGCCCAUGAGAAAAAUGUUGAAGAAGCUCAGUGGAAUAAGAAGGCAGAUGAACAAGCUAAAGAAGGAGCCAAACAGGGGAUAGUAUGGCAGCCACAAUCCCAAUAG